AUGCAUGCUUGCAUAUGUAUGCUAUACCAGUGUAACAAACUAAUCUUGAUUGCAGGGGGUAGCAAGAUGGCUGUAGCAUGGAUAGAAGCUGAUGUAAAGUGGUUGAGUUUCUAUGUGUACCGGAUAGUGCUGCUUCUCAGCUUCCUUAUGUAUGUUAUUCUCGCCUCCUUCUCCGAGAGCCGCAGGCGUGAAGGCAAAGGUUGGAAGAGAGUGUUAUUGUGGUUGGCGUACCAGCUGACUGAGUGGUGCCCGGCAUAUGUCAUCAGCAAUCUGUACCUCGAAACCUCGCCGUGCGAGAAGAUGAUCGUCGCCUUCUGGGUGCCAUUCCUUCUGCUGCACAACGCUCGCCCAGACAACAUCAGCGCCUUCAUCAGCGAGGACAGUGAGCUCUGGCUGCGCGCGGGUGUAUUUGUUUUCUUGCAGUCCGUGGGAUCCGCAUUUAUUGUGUGCAGAUAUAUACUCCUUGAGUCCACUGCUGGGUUGUUGCGCCAGGCGUCUUUCAUCAUGUUAUUGCUGGGCCUUUACAAGUAUGCGGAGAGUGCGGUGGCGCUAAGGCAAUGCAACUUGAGCCGCAUCCGGAGGUCAUUCAGGAAGCUGCAGCCCAAUGCCAAUAGCUUCAGGGAUGACUAUGGUGGAGGCAAGAAUCUGGAGGGUCUGAAAGACGAGGAAGCCUUGUUGGUUGCUCACAGCCUGUUCGAUAUCUGCAAGGGUGCCUUUUCUGAUUACUCGGUGGAGUACAUGGACCGUGAUGCAGUCAGAAGCAUGUUCUCGGGUCAAUGGGAGAGUAUGUGCAAGGUGGUGGAGAUGGAACUCUCCCUUAUGUAUGACAUCCUAUACACCAAGGCAGUUGUGGCCCACACCUGGCAUGGCUACGCCAUCCGUCUGGCCUCGCCAUUCCUCACCGCCACUGCGCUCCUGCUGUUUUUCCUCCAGUGCAAAGAGUGCAUGAAGCUUGAGCCAAUAGAUAAAGCUGUGAGUUACAUAUUGCUGGUUACGACCCUCCUCCACGAUGUGAGAUCGCUGUUGAGAGCACUAGCGUCAGGCUGGACACAUUCAUACUUCAAACAUAUGUCACACAACUGGUUCAAGCAUCAAUUUUGGUGCCUGGAGAGAUGGGCGAAGCUUCGUCGGUUUGUCGUGUCACUGCGUCUUUCCCGGCUCUCCUUGUGGUUGUGGACAUGUGCAUGUCCCAGAGAGCCCAAAAGCUACAGGAGGUGGGCGGGCACCUUCGGGCAGUGCAACAUGUUUGACCAGUGCACUGUUGGAAACAGGCGCAACCUAUACAGCAUACCUGGGCUGACGACUGAAUCAAAAGGCCAGUUGAAUUCGAGAGGCUAUGAAUGGGAAGACCAUUCGAGGGGCCUUGAGAUUCCAGACAAUGUCAAGAAGCUGGUGUUCAUCAACAUGUGCAAGCACUUAUUCCCUGGUCCCGAGCUGCCCCAUGAACAGUUUGUUCGUGUAAAUGUGCCACCAUGUCAAUGCCACCGCCCUGACAGGCAAGCUGUUGCAGAGUACUCUCCCAGAUCCUACGAGCAACAAACUCAUCACUUGAGGUAUUGUCAAGCCCCGCCUGAACACUAUGACGAGAAAGCUGCUGACAUCAAGCAUGCAGAUCAGUCAGAUGAAGAUAGGAGGUUCCAUCUUGAGCUUCAAGAGGUCAUCCUCAUCUGGCACAUCGCCACCGAUGUCUUCCUCGCACGCAGACCCAGUAUCGGAGGCGGAAAGUCCGAGGAACUCGUGAAGGCGAUGGAGCAGAUGUCAGAUUACAUGAUGUUCCUCGUCGCCAAACGCCCUCAAAUGCUACCAGGGCGUACGCUCGGCGGGCUGCACGAGAAAACACGCCGUGCUGUGGAGUUGAUAUGGAAAGUGGCUAUACCAACUAGUCAUGCAACAAAAGAAAAGGAGAUGGUUGCCAAGUGGAUGCUGAAUAACAUGGAUGGUCUUAAUGACCCAAAUUCACCUAUCUGGGGAGGAACUCAAAAGAUGGACAAGGAUAAUCUUAAUGACCCGGGUUUGAAUAUGACUACUGUCUGGAGAGGAGCUCAACUUGGCCAGAUGCUGCUAAACCCACCGUCCAGGGGUGGAGAAAGCAAAGGUACGAUGGAACUACUUGCAUACUGGAUUCCAGAUUUGCAGAAACCUCAUGGGGAUAUGUUGGAGUUUGUCUUGGAUGCGUGGGUGCGUCUGCUCAUGUUUGCGUCCAUGCGGUGCAGCAGGGAUUCUCACGCCAAGCAGCUCAGCUGCGGCGGCGAGCUCGCGACCCUGGUAUGGAUCAUCAUGGAACACACAAAGAACAGCGACGUCAAAAAGCAUCUCAAGUCACUUCUUCGUUAA